CUCCUCACGAGCUGUCACGCUGACAGCUUGUGUGGAGAGGAGAGCGGUAAUCGGUGUUCCUCGGAGGGAACAUGUACACUGAUCAUCAGGGCACUGAUCACAUGGGGCAUGUACACUGAUCAUCAGGGCACUAAUGAUCAGUGUAGCCCCAGCAGUGCCACCUGUCAGUGCCCAUCAAUGCCAACUGUCAGUGCUCAUCAAUGCCACCUGCCAGUGCCCAUCAGUGCCUCAUCAAUGCCACAUAUCAGUGCCUACCAGUGCACAUCAAUGCCACAUAGCAGUGCUCAUCUGAGCUGCCUUUCACUGUCACCUAUCAGU